UUUGGAUUGCCUUGGAUCCUUCAGAGCCCCACUGCAGAAGUAGGCCUCGGUGUUUAUCUUUAAUUUGUAGCUACCUCUCUGUGUUCCCUUUGUCUCAUCGAGCUGAUCUGCAAGCAAUUGUUGUCUGUAAACAAACACCAUGGGCGAUUCAUCAACCACAGAAAAUGGCGUCAAACCAAAGACUGGCAUCAAAGUCAUCAUCGUGGGUGCAGGAUUCGGCGGUCUUACCGCAGCCAUAGAAUGUAUACGCCACGGCCACACACCCGUCAUCUACGAAUCCUUCCCGUCUCUCAAAGUCCUUGGCGACAUCAUAACCUUUGGGCCCAACGCAGGACGCAUCUUCGCCCGGUGGGACAAUGGCUCCGUGGCCGCCAAAAUGCGCUCCAUUUCCAUCGACCUGCAAAGCUACGGCUUCAACAUCCACAAAUGGGACACGGGCGAGAUAGUCCUCAACCAGAAGACGCCACCCCCGAACCCAAAAGCACCCAUGUUCAACGGCCAUCGCGGCGAGCUGCACGAGAUUGUCUUCAACUACGCCCAAGAGAUCGGAGUGGAGAUCCUGCUGGGACAGCGGGUGGACAACUACUGGGAAGACGAGACGGGCGCGGGGCUCGUGCUAGCAGACGGGACAAAAGUCCACGGCGACGUCGUGAUUGGGAGCGACGGCGUGCGAAGUAAAGCCCGCACAUUAGUCCUCGGGUACGAGGACAAGCCCAAAUCGUCGGGCUACGCCGUCUGGCGCGCCUGGUUCUCCAACAAGGACAUGCUCGCCGACCGCGAAACCGCGCACUUCUGCGAAUCCGGCGAUACCUUCAACGGCUGGAUCGGCCCGGACGUCCACUUCCUCUUCAGCACACUCAAGGGCGGCUCCGACUGCUGCUGGGUCCUGACCCACCGCGACGAGCACGACAUUGACGAAAGCUGGAGCUUCCCCGGCAAAAUCGCUGACGUGAAGAAGCUGCUCCACACGUGGGAUCCCAUGUGCACCAAGAUUAUUUCAAAGACGCCAGAGGAGAAGAUUGUGGACUGGAAACUCGUGUAUCGGGACCCGUUGCCCAACUGGGUGAGCGGCUACGGAUCCGCGCCGGGCCAUGGACGGAUUUGCUUGCUAGGCGAUGCGGCGCAUCCGUUUUUACCGACGAGCGCGCAGGGCGCGACCCAAGCGCUAGAAGACGGCGCCACCAUCGCCGUCAUGCUGAGGAAAGCUGGGAAGGAGAAUGUCAGGGGUGCGUUGAGAGCGUAUCAGGAUAUCCGAUAUGAGCGCGUCAAGAAGGUGCAGAAGACGGGCGAGACCACGAGGGAUAUGUGGCACAACACCGAUUGGGAAAAAGUGAAGAAGAAUCCAGAGAUUAUUCAGUUCCCGAGGGAAGACUGGGUUUUUGGUCACGAUGCGGAGCUGCAUGCCGAGGAGAUGGGCGAUGAGCUGAUCGCGAAGGCGAGCGAAGGUUUGAAAGCUGCAAAGAUAUGA